CGAGCGCGGCCGCCGCCAGUCGCCGGCGCGUCCGGGGGGCACAAAGGCCGCAGCAUGGUCCUGGUGCACGUCGGAUACCUGGUGCUGCCCGUCUUCGGCUCCGUGCGCAACAGAGGUGCUCCCUUUCAAAGGUCUCAGCAUCCCCAUGCUACCUCCUGCCGGCACUUCCACCUGGGUCCCCAGCCUCAGCUCUCGGCCGACUUCGCCCUGCCUCACGCGGUGCAGCCGCAGCCGGGGCUGGCUCCCCACAUGGCCCCCGCGCACCAGCACAGCGGCGCCCUGCACCAGCCCCUGCCGCCCGUGCCCGCCCUGCCCUUCCAGGACGUGGCCGGGCCCCCCUUCCUACCUCAGGCGCUUCACCAGCAAUACCUCCUCCAGCAGCAGCUCCUCGAGGCGCAGCACCGCCGGCUCAUGCCCCAUCCCAGGCGGGCCCAAGAGCGCAUGUCUGUCCAGCCUCACCGCCUACACCCCAGCUUCGACUUCAGCCACCAACUGCAGACUCCACAACCCAUGGGCCCCCAGCCCAGGUAUCUGGCAGAGGGCACGGACUGGGACCUCAGCGUGGACGCGGGGCUGACUCACGCCCAGUUCCAGGUCCGGCCGGUGCCCCAGCCCUAUCAGCAUUACCUGGCCACUCCUCGGGUGCACCACUUCCCCAGAAGCACAUCCUCAACCCAGGUGGUUGUUCAUGAAAUCAGAAAUUACCCUUACCCUCAGCUUCAGCUGCUUGCUCUUCAGGGACUGAACCCAAGCAGGCACACAUCCGCUGUGCGGGAGAGCUAUGAAGAGCUGCUGCAGCUGGAGGACAGGCUGGGCAGCGUGAGCCGGGGCGCCGUCCAGAACACCAUCGAGAGAUUCACCUUCCCCCACAAGUACAAGAAGAGAAGACCACAGGAAGGCAAAGCUGAGCAAGACGAUGGCGAGGAGUCAGAUACUGACGAGAAAUGCACAAUCUGUCUGUCCAUGCUUGAAGAUGGAGAGGACGUCAGGCGGUUGCCCUGCAUGCAUCUCUUUCACCAAGUGUGCGUGGACCAGUGGCUGGCCACCAGCAAGAAGUGCCCGAUCUGCAGGGUGGACAUUGAAACACAGCUCGGCUCGGACAGCUGAAAAGACUGGCUGGACACACCAUUUUCCUUACCAGGUCGUAUGGCCAUACACCCUUGCAGCGAAAUUUUUUGCCUUCUGAGCCAUUUGAUUGAGAGGGGAAGUCUGCAGGCACGGUAGUGAGGAGAAGGAGGAGGUGAUACAAUAUCUAGCAGUAGGAGAUGUUGCACAUAUACGCAGGAUACAGGCCCAGUGAAAGGGAGCUGGCAUUCCCGGAGCUCAGAGACCCUGUGCUGCAGAAGAUUUUAGUGUUGAAUAUGAAGGAACUAGUUGUGGUUAGUCCGGCCUGUCAAUCCUGCUUUUUAUGGGGAUUGUAUAUAUACCUCUCAAAUAUGUAGAAACAUGUUAGGGGUCCUUUAGCUAUUUCUAUGGAUGGCAGCUGGAGCAUGUUAGCUUAAGAAAUGUUGUGUUUGAUGCCCUACUCAUCUUGUGGUGGACAUGUUGCUGUUACCUAAUUUGCACCAAAUAUUUUUUCAUAGAUUCCUUAUUUUGGUGCCUGAUUAAUACAUUGCAGAAGGGGAAAUAAAGAGGUCAAAUAUCCCCAUCCUUGGGGUGGGGGAAAGGGGAGGAAAAGCAAAAUCCUGUUUACAGUCAGAAGGGUUUGUGCUCUUUGCCUCAGCCGCGUGUGCUUCUUUCCCUUGCAUUUACAGUGUGUUGCAAAUUUAGAGAAGCUUAAUAAAAAUAAAAAUUGGGGAUAAAAUGAACGAAGCAGUAGGGAAAAGCUUCGUUCCUGCUUGUCUGCUGGUGCUGGACACUUUCUGUAGCAGCACAGUAUUUGAGUAGAUGCUGUUUCUUUGCUUUCUGUAUUUAACAAAGUAGCUUGUCAUAUCAAAAUCCAAGGAAGUUCUGUCUACAUGA